AUGAGAUCAACAAACGUCGUUGUUAGUAAUCCUUCAUCGCUUUUGAAUGUUGCACAUUCUGGAACUGGCACCGUAAUACUCGAACUUCAGCACGACUCUAAUAUUAAUGUUGCCAUAUCGGGUACAGGUCAACUCAUUUUAUCUGGUCGAGUUCGAGGGAAUGGACGAUUGAGUAUCUCAGGCACUGCGCAUUUGGAUGCACUCACAUGUCCAAUGAAAAUUGUGACUGUUGAAAUGUCUGGAACUGGAUUAGCUAGGGUUUAUGGUAUAGAAGGAGUUCAUGUUACCAUGAGCGGAGUUGGUACCAUUUGUUAUCGAGGACCUUUGCUCAGUCAAGUAAUAAAUGGUCUUGGUUCGAUCAGAGAGUGUAUUCUUGAACAGACGUCUGAAAAACCGCCAUAUUCAUCAUCGCAAAGUAAUAUGGAAUUUUCCAAAAGUGAUAUGAAACAAUUUAACAACGAAAACAUAAAAAAAUUAGAAUGUAAAUUUAAACAACAAACAUUAUCAAUAACAACUAUUGAAGAUUUUUCUAAUGAAUUAUUUUUUCAAAUAUUUGAUUAUUUAGAUGGUUGUGAAAUAUAUUAUGGAUUUAUGAAUCUUAAUAAACGUUUUCAAGAAUUACUUAAUUCUUCAUUACUUUUAUUUAAAAUUAAUUUCGAUAAUAAAUUCUUUAUGAAUAUUUGUAAACAAAUAAUGACAUUGAAUAAACAUCAAAUAUUUUCUAUUAAUUCUUGUAAACCAUUAUCAAUGAAUAGAUUUUUUUCAUCAUUUUCAUUUGAUUCAUCCUUUAAACAACUUGAAUCACUUGUUCUUUAUGAAUCUCAAUCAAAUAUAUUAAUUCCAUUUCUCAAUAAUUUAUCUUAUUUACCACGUUUAUUUUCAUUAACUCUUUAUUUAUUAGAAGGUUUAACAAAUCUAGUUGAUAUUUAUAAAAUUAUUUUAAAAUUAUCAAUGUUAAAAUAUUUAGUUAUAAUAACGAAGGAUUCAAAUUUAUUAAAUUCAUUAUCUAUUAAUAUAGAUCAACAAUUUAAUAAUAUUACACAUCUUUAUAUUAAAAAUCAUUGUAGUUUUAAUGAUAUUUUAAUUUUAAUGUCAUAUACACCUCAACUUCAUCAUAUAUGUUAUUCAAAUAUGAAUUGUAUUACUACAAAUAUUAAAAAUAUAUCUCCAAUUAAAUUAUCAAAAUUAAAACGUUUUUUUCUCUGUAUAAAUGGUAUAAAAUUUGAUACAUUUGAAAUAUUUCUUAGUAAAAUUGAUUCAAAAAUAGAAAUUUUAUCUUUUACUACUCGAUAUGAAGAUAUGACUUAUCUUGAUGCUAAUCGAUGGCAAAGUCUUAUUUUAAAUAAAUUAUCUUAUUUAAAAAUAUUUGAUUUAAACUAUUAUGUAAGUUUUCAAAAUGGUUUUGAAAAUCGACUUUAUCAUGGUAAAUCAAAUCAGUUUUCUUCAUCAUUUUGGAUUGAACGAAAAUGGAUAUGUGAAAUUCGAAAAGAAUAUGGAGGUAUUAUGUACUUAAUUUAUCCAUAUAAAACAAGAUGGGAUGAACUUAUUCUUGAUGAGACUGUCAAUUUUUCUCCAGUCAUGACUAAAUCAACUCAAUUAAUUUUGAAUGAUAUAUGUGCAAAACAAUGGCGAAAUAUUAUUCAUGUAACUAUUCGACAUGCUUUAGCUCUAGCAGAAAUUUAUCAUUUAACUAUUUCUGUAAAAAAAGUAUUUUUUGGUAUAUUAAUUCCAAUAUUAAAUUCUUUACCAAAACUUUGUUCAUUAAAACUUCAUUCUUUAUCAUUUGGUGAUCCAGAAGGAAUGAAUCCAAAAGAUUAUAAAUUUUUUUUUUCAAUGAAACCUAAAAGUAAAAUAACAAAAGUCUAUCUUGAAAGGAUGGAUACAGAUGUUGAUUGCAUAAAAGGUAAAAUUAAUGAAGUACCUUCUCAACAAAUUUGUUUCGAAUAA